CCUACGUACCAGUCUAUCCGGAAGUAAUGUUUACUCAGGUCACCAGGCAACCUGAUGCACAAUAUUUAAUGAAAACAUUGACUUUAUCUCCAACGGCGUCCACAAAUGGUGGUAGUUUGAAACAUUUAUAAAUCGUCUACAAACAGUCAGUGAAACAAAAAAUACACACAAAAUGGCAGCAGUAGCACCACCUAAGCAGCCAGGGACUUACACAUUUGCAAGUCAACCAAGAGCAGUUCCACAAAGAAAGAAAUACAGAGAUCCCCUGGGACAACAAGAAGAAAUAAAUCCACCUCAGUAUGGAAACAUUAUGUAUGAUCGUCGUAUCGUGAGAGGCAACACCUACGCCCAGCACACACUGCCAGCUCAUGCUCAGCCAGACCCAAUUGAGAUUCAGAGACAGCAAGAAAACAGACGCCGUGCCAUUGCAAGAAAGCGUGCAAAGGAACAACUGCGACCACGCUCGCCAGAACCCGUAGACGGUAGAAAACACAUUGAUGUUCAAACUGAACUGUAUUUAGAAGAAUUGAGUGACCGCGUGGAAGAAGCCGAUGUUGAAAUACAGACAGAUGCCUUCUUGGAUAGACCCCCAUCACCGAUGUUUGUUCCUGCAAAGACUGGCAAAGAUAUUGCUACACAAAUUUUGGGUGGAGAUCUGUUUGACUUUGACAUCGAGGUUAAGCCUAUUCUGGAGGUGUUGGUAGGCAAGACAGUGGAGCAGUCCUUGCUGGAGGUGAUGGAGGAGGAAGAGCUGGCAAACCUGCGCUCACAGCAGCGCGCCUUCGAGGAGCUCAGGAACGCAGAGUUCGUGGAGCAGCAGAGGCUGGAGGAACAGGAGCGCAGGCAUCGGGAGGAGAAGGAAAGAAGGAUGAGGCAGCAACGCGAGGUCUUGAGAAAAGAGAAGGAGACAGCAGAAAAGAUUGCAGCGCGUGCAUUUGCUCAGAGCUACCUGGCGGAUCUGGUACCCACUGUGUUUGGAACUCUGUCCGACAACGGAUACUUCUACGAUCCAGUGGAACGAGAUAUUGAGCAGGGUUUCCUACCCUGGUUGAUGGACCGAGUCACAGAGCAGCUCGAGAAGUCAGAGCGAGGCCGCAUGGUGCUUGAUGGGCUCCUACGAGAAGUUGUCAGCAGACGGCGCGAGGCAUACGAGCGACUAGCCAAGACGGCACACACCGAGGAGCCAAAAGCCAAGCCUGCACCGGAGAGCAAGCCUGAGGCACCCAAGGUGACGAUUGAGGAAAGACCUCAGGCUGCACCUGCAACUACCACAGAGACGGAGAACGAUGACAGGCAAGAUGAGGGUGGAGAUGAUGAUGAGGAAGGAGGCGGGGAUGAAUAGUCCAUCACUCCUCUAGCCUCAUACAAGCAUAACACUGCGAUAUACUGAUAUAAAAUUAAAUAAAGAAAUAGAAUCUUAGAAAAUUGUUACAUACUGCAAUUCCAGCGGAUGACUAGAAUUUUUUCAAUGUUCCAUGAUUUACAAUGGACUUUGUGAUAUAUUUAGUGGACAAAAGCAGAUCAAGAAACUGAACAGUUCGCAAAUACAUGUAUUUAGUUGUGAAGAGCUCAAGUUAUAACAUACUUCAUACAAUUUUGCUGUGAUUUAUUAGCCUGGAGUCACACAAUUCUUCUUUCAAUUUUAAAAAAGAAGAAAUGUGCGUGUAAGGCUAUUUAUUAGGUUAUUCUAUAUACAUAUAGUCUAUUUCUUAUACCAUAUAUAUUUAUCUUUGAAAGUUUACUUGUGAUUUCUCAAAGUGUCUAUGUAACUAAAUGUACAGCAUUUUCAACAGUUUUGAGUUUUUGUUUUUAGCAGCAGCAUGUUGUUACUCGCACUGUUUACUAACGGUACAUGCAGAAGUUCAAAGUUUUUGUGCAAAAUGUGUUUCCAACUGUUAUUCAAUAAAAAACAACUAAAUA